UUCCACUAAUUGGUUAUGUAUGCAGGUUGCUGCAGAGGAUGUCCAGGUGUUGAAUGCAGUAAGGUUGAAGUUGCCCUUCUUGGUAACAACUGCAGAUGAUGCAAAAGAUUCAGCUAAAGAGGAAAUCAGAUUGCGAUAUCGAUGCCUUGAUUUGCGCCGUCCACAGAUGAGCUCAAAUAUAAUUUUGCGACAUAGAGUAGUGAAACUUCUUCGAAGAUACCUAGAAGAUGUGCAUGAUUUUGUUGAGAUUGAGACACCAAUACUAUCUAGAUCUACUCCUGAAGGUGCUCGUGAUUAUUUGGUUCCUUCAAGAGUUCAGCCAGGAACAUUUUAUGCACUACCCCAGAGUCCGCAGCUGUUCAAGCAAAUGUUGAUGGUCUCCGGUUUUGAUAAAUACUACCAAAUAGCAAGGUGCUUUAGGGAUGAAGAUUUGAGAGCUGACAGACAACCCGAGUUCACACAGCUAGAUGUUGAAAUGGCUUUCACUUCCAUGGAGGACAUGCUGAAGCUCAAUGAAGAUUUGAUUAGAAAGCUCUUUCAGGAAAUCCAAGGCGUCCAACUGCCAAACCCUUUUCCACGGCUUACAUAUGCCGAAGCAAUGAGUCAAUAUGGUUCAGACAGACCAGAUACUCGUUUUGAUGUUGAAUUGCGAGAUGUGUCCAGCAUUUUCUCCAAUACCACAUUCAAGGUUUUCUCAGAUACCUUAGCAAGUGGAGGAAUUAUUAAGGCCUUAUGUGUGCCUUCUGGGACAAAAACUUAUUCAAAUACUGCUUUGAAGAAAGGCGACCUUUACAAAGAAGCAAUCAAAUCUGGAGCAAAGGGUUUGCCUUUUUUAAAGGUCUUGAAUGACGGGAGCAUUGAAGGGAUCCCCCCUCUGGUUUCUAGUUUGGAUCCGGCAAAGAAAGAGGAAUUGCUGAAUCAGUUCUCUGCGGUACCAGAUGAUCUCAUCUUGUUUGCUGUUGGUCACCACACAGAAGUCAAUAAAACAUUGGAUCGUCUGAGAACAUAUGUAGCACAUGAACUGGGUUUGAUUGACAACUCCAGGCAUUCAAUACUUUGGGUGACCGACUUCCCAAUGUUUGAGUGGAAUGACUCAGAACAGAGACUUGAGGCCUUGCAUCAUCCUUUCACUGCACCUAAUCCAGAAGAUGUAAAUGACCUCUCUUCUGCCCGUGCUUUAGCUUAUGACAUGGUUUACAAUGGUGUUGAGAUUGGCGGAGGAAGCUUGAGAAUUUACAAGCGUGAUGUCCAAGAGAAGGUUCUCAAUAUUGUUGGCAUUUCCCGAGAACAGGCUGAAGCAAAAUUUGGCUAUCUUUUGGAGGCUCUGGACAUGGGUGCUCCUCCACACGGAGGAAUUGCUUAUGGGUUGGAUAGAUUGGUGAUGCUCUUGGCAGGAUCUCAUUCCAUCAGGGAUGUUAUAGCUUUUCCAAAGACAACAACUGCUCAAUGUGCCCUUACUCAUUCACCAUCAGAGGUUGAUCCUCAACAGCUGAAAGAUCUUUCGUUGCAGAAGAUGUAGUUUCUUAAUUGAUUUUGGGAAGUAUUAUGUACUGGAAAAAUUGGGAAAGCAAAAGAAAAUGAUAGAUACCAGGGGUAGGGGUAAAAUUGGAGAUGUUUAGAGAAAUCCUGGGAUUAUCGCCCAUGGACAUGUUUUGUUAAAGAAUUUUAUCUUUUUUCGUUUUUUAUGCGAUUAGAGAAGGCGCCCUCAUUCCCAUAUAGUAGUCAUUUUGAAACAUUGAUAUAGUAGCACAAAGAUUAUUAGGUUCCAGUUUAACUAGUGAAAUUCUGAAUGCUUUAUGGGCAUACUGAUGAGGGAAAGGAUUCUUUUUGCUGGACUCGACUUUCAUUCUUA